UUAUAAUCCAAUACUCAUUAAUAUAAUAGUUCGAUAAUUCUUAAAAUUACAUAAGCAAUAUUGGUCUUAUUUGAAAGAUCAUGAAAAAUAAAAAAUGUUAGAUAUAAAUUUUAUAAAAAUCGGAUCAAAAAUAAAAAAGUUAUUAUCAUUUUUUAACAACAAAAGCAAAAAAAAGGGGUAAGUUGCGUCGUUUUGCAACCUGGUGCACCAUCCUCAUGGUGCGCCGGUUGCACGGUACAAUUUGACAGGGAUUUGCGAAGCCUUGGGUGAAAAUAGUUAAUAAAGAGAUAAUCUAGGGGUAAUAGGGAAGUAGGACAUCGGAAUGGGGGCACCAUGUUUGGCCUUUUUUUCCUUCACUUUGCCUUCACUACUCUGCUUCUGCUUCCCCUUCUUCCUCUUCCCAACUUCUUCUCUUUCGCAGCCAACCCUUUGUGAUUGUGAACUCCAAAGACAUGAGAAGAAACCCAUGAUUGGAUUGGUGAUCUUCACUUGAAUCACUUCUCUGUUUCGCCGGGAAUGUAUAUUUUCUCUCUGAAUCUCCUUUCUACUGAAUUCUAUCGGUACUUAUAUCAAUCAGAAAAGUAAAUGUUACGUAGCAGCCAAGUAUAACAAAGUCGAGAUUUUUGACCAAGUGAAGUCGUCAAGGUGAAACUUCUUGGAAAUUUCUUCCAACGGUGAUCAUUCGUCGGAGAUGCUACAUACUAUUCAGAAAGUGAAAACUCUAUUUUACUGGAGUGGCAUAUUUAAGGAUGUGCAACGAUACACUAGAUCUUGUGACAUAUGUCAAGGUGCAAGUAUGAUCAGUCAAGCUGUAUUGGACUUUUGCAACCCUUACCUAUCUUUAAAAGGUUUAUCUGACUAAUUCCUCCAACAAUCUCAAGAAAGUAAAUGGCGUCGGAUAUGCCUGCACAUAUCAUCUCACAAGGCGUUGCCGCCGCACUCAUCGGGGCUAUGUUAUCUCUACUUGUGCGUUGCGAAGUAGGCUGUGAUACACCCGCAUGAAGAGCCGUAUUAAUCGGAUUAAUGCUCAGAAAAGUCUUCUACGUAUAAUGGUUAGUCUCUCCACUUUCCUACUUACAAUACGCCAUACUUUAACACUACUUUUUAAGAAAAAAUGGUAUUAGUUUAUUUAGUGAUAAAAUAACAACUAUGAAAAACAACAAUCCACUAAGAUCAAGUUUAAACUUGGUUUGUAGUGAUGAUAAUUUUAUUGCGGCUGUUUCUCAAAGUUGUAAAACUAAUGAUGUGAAUGAGUGGGUUGUAGACUCCGGGACUACCAAGCAUAUUUGUAAAAAAAAAUGCUUUUGCCUCCUAUACUAUAUUAUAGGAGAUGGUGAAGAGCUUGUGUACCUAACGGACUCUAAAACCGUUAAGGUGCAUGGAAAAGGGAAAGUUCUUCUGAAGCUCACAUCGGAGAAAACUUUAUCACUAAAUGAUGUGUUUCCUGUGCCCAAGAUUCGAACUAAUUUGGUUUCCGUUUCUCUCUUGAGAAAAGUUGGGGAUAAAGUUUCUUUUGGUUGUGACAAUUCUGUUAUGACCAAAAAUGACAUUUUUGUGGGAAUUGGCUAUUGUAAGGAUGGACAUUUUGUGCUUAGUAAUUUU